ACAACAUUGUUUAGUCUUAUCCGAAUGUAUUAUGGAUUAUUUUGUAUCAUAUAGAAGUUAAUUUACAUUAGCUAGUUGUAGACUAAAGUACAAUGCGGGAUAUUAUAACAUCCCUGACAGAUUUGUGGUGCAAGUUUGACAAUGCACAUUGACAUCCACUACUAACAAUUUUUGAUGACUGAAUUCAUUGAUUUGAUAGCUUUGUUGGCAUGGUCUAAACCACAUGGCCACUGAGGCCUAACAAGUUAAAGCCCCCAGCAGUGGUAUUUAACAAGUAUGAAUUACCUUUUUUAAGGUUUCAGAAGCUACAACAUGCUUCCCCUCACCACUAAGUACCCAUUUUUUGUGAAAGAUUAUUUCUGAACAAUUUCAAAAAAGGUAAUUUCAAUUAAUGUUUAUUUCUCAUAUGACAGUGUAUUUCUUAUGGACAAGGACUCCACUCCUAACCCUUGACAGCAUGGUUGGCUGCCUCAAAAUCCAACAGCUUUGGACAAACUAUUCAUCUUUCCAGAUUAGUUUUGUGUGAAUCGGUUUCGAAGUCCAGAUAGGGAUUGGGCUUUUAACACGCAAAGAAGUGAUCGCUGUCCCAUUUCGAAUAUAAAGUUCUCAGUACACUGUAUUGAAUGAUUUUCUACUGUGGCACAUCUCAGAAUAGCCUUUCCUGCAUGAAAAAAUUCCCUACUCACAGUGAUAUUUGAAUGAAUACUAGGCCUAUAUCAUAUUUGGUUUGUUGUCUUGGUUCUCACCAUCGCAUAGUGGGCUCCUGAAAUGGUCGUGUGUGUCUGUUGGUAGAACAUGGCACUUGACAUGCCAUAGUUGUGGGUUCGAUUCCCAUGGUGGGGCAGUAUGGAAAUGUGUACACUCACUACUAAGUUGCUCUGAAUAAGAGCGUCUGCUAAAUGACUAAAAUGUAAAUGUAGUGUGGGCUGUCCAUUGUUGGUCAGAACAGCCUAUGUCAAGCACAAAAUCUGAUACCUUGUUAGAACAUGGAAUACAGGGGUCCAAUGGAGACUCAGGGGUUAAGAGUUGUCCCUGUAUACAAGACAUAUUUAUUCCUUGUUUUGUCUUCCACAGUAGUGGAGCUUGGGGCCCUGAAGUGAAAACAGCCAGUCACUGAUUUGGUCUUAUUUGUUAGAUUUAAGAUCUACAAGAAACGCUGUAAUGAUAUACCCACUACCCACAUCAUUACAAGGUAUAUAGGCAAAUAGCAGUCCAAGCUCUGCAGGGGCUUGCCCCAAAGAAUCCUCAAGACGAGUUUGUUUAUAAAUACCAUGAUCCAAAUUGUUUAGAUUUUAUUUAAUGGCUCUGAAAACCUAUAGCCCACAUUCCUAAUGCAGUCCCUAACUAAUAGAAUCUACCGAUGCUAACAUAUUAAUUGAAUCUUGCAUCUGUGUCCUCUUUGGUUUCAAAUGCAUUUAUUUCCUGCCAUAGGUGAUGUCAGAUCAUGAUGAAGGGGAAAUCUGUUGUUUACUGGCGUCUCGGCCAGUAGCUUGCUUUGGGGCAUAGAGCCUUGUGACUGAGUCCCUUUAUUUUAAAGCCUCACACCUUUAAAAACAUGCCUCGAUUGCAAUAGGAGAAAGUAAUUUAAUGUAUUAUGUUUCUUUGGCUGUCAACUUUUGAUUGACUGUGAAGUACCUGUCUUGUAUAUGUAUCAACUAAGGAUAAAAGAUUUGCAUUAAUUUAGCUACUAUUGCUGCAUGUAGGGGUUUGGUUAAGUGAAAGCAGAUGGACUAGGCCUGUUAGAGCUUGCUCCCUCUUUUCAUCCAUGUUGCUACUGUUUCUGAGUAAAAAGGAACAUCAACUGUCAAUAGGCACUAGGAGGUGCUGUCGUACCAUGUAUGGCACAUCCUCUCAUGGCCCUAAGUCUGACCUGAAUUAUUUUAAAUGUAUUUUUGAAGGGUGUUCUGUUAAGUUUUUGGUCUGUCAUGAACAAGGUCCCCAAAUCCAAAUGUGCCUGAAGUUGACUGGAGAUGGUCCUAUUCUAUGUAACCUCUACCAACCAGUAAUGUAUUCCGGCUGACACGGAUGCACGUACAAUCCGACGAUUCUCAUAAGCAUAAAGAUAAGUACAAGGAUAAAGAACACAAACACAAGGACCACAAGAAGGACAGGGAGCGUGAGAAAUCAAAAUAUGGCAACAGUGACCAUAAGGAGUUCUCGGAAAAGAAACACAGAGAAAAGGAGCGAAUAAAGCACGAAGAUGUCAGCACAGACAGACACAAGGACAAACACAAGGACAAAGACCACAGGAAGGAGGAGAUCAAGCCGAAGAAGGAAAAAGAGAAUGGCUUUGCCAGCCCUCAUCGCGGUAAGACAGAGCCGGACAAUGAUCACUUCUACGACUCUCCCAAGUCCCUGAAAAGACAGCGUGACAAUGACGAAACUGAAUUCAAGCCCAAAAAAAUUAAACUUGAAAAUGACAGAGUGGACAAGAAAGGAAAGAAGAGGAAACAAGACGAGGACAUCAAGCCCAAAAAGACACAAAAAAACAAAAAAGGGGAAGUUGCUGACGGGAAAAAGAAAGCAAAGAAGGAGCCUGAGGAGAAGUGGAAAUGGUGGGAAGAGGAGAGGGCAACAGACGGUUCCAAAUGGAGGUUUCUGGAACAUAAAGGCCCAGUCAUGGCAGCACCUUAUGAACCUCUUCCCAGCAAAGUCCGAUUUUUCUAUGAUGGGAAGCAGAUGAAGCUCAGCCCACAGGCUGAGGAGGUGGCCACCUUCUUUGCCAAAAUGCUGGACCAUGAGUACACUACCAAGGAUGCCUUCCGGAAAAACUUCUUCAAAGACUGGAGAAAGGAAAUGACCUCAGAGGAGAAGUCUAAGAUCACAGACCUGAAGAAAUGUAACUUCAAUGAAAUGGGGGAAUUCUUCAAGGCUCAGUCUGAGGCCAGAAAGGCCAUGACUAAAGAUGAUAAACUGAAAAUCAAAGUGGAGAACGAACGCCUCCUACAGGAGUAUGGCUUCUGCAUCAUGGACAACCACAAGGAGCGCAUUGCUAACUUUCGCAUUGAGCCCCCGGGCCUGUUCCGUGGCCGAGGAGACCACCCCAAGAUGGGCAUGCUGAAACGCCGCAUCCGCCCUGAGGACAUCAUCAUAAACUGCAGCAAGGACUCCAAGCACCCCAAGCCUCCCCCUGGUACCAAAUGGAAGGAGUUGCGUCAUGACAACAAGGUGACCUGGCUGGUGUCGUGGACAGAGAGCAUCCAAGGCUCUAUCAAGUAUAUCAUGCUGAAUCCCAGCUCAAGAAUCAAGGGAGAGAAGGACUGGCAGAAGUAUGAGACAGCCCGAAAUCUGAAGAAGUGUGUGGACCGGUUAAGGAACCAGUACCGCGAGGACUGGAAGUCCAAAGAGAUGAGGAUCCGACAGAGAGCCGUAGCACUCUACUUCAUCGAUAAGCUGGCUCUGAGAGCAGGUAAUGAGAAGGAGGAAGGGGAGUCUGCGGACACAGUGGGCUGCUGCUCCCUCAGAGUGGAACACAUCAACCUGUACCCCGAGAAGGAUGGCCAGGAGUUUGUGGUGGAGUUUGACUUCCUGGGUAAAGACUCCAUCCGCUACUACAACAAAGUCCCUGUGGAGAAGAGGGUAUUCAAGAACCUGCAGCUGUUCAUGGAAAACAAGCAGCCAGAGGAUGACCUCUUUGACCGGCUCAAUACCUCCAUUCUGAACAAGCACCUUCAGGAGCUGAUGGACGGGCUGACGGCGAAAGUGUUUCGUACCUACAAUGCCUCCAUCACUCUGCAGCAGCAGCUGAAGGAGCUCACCAGCCCGGAUGAGAACCUUCCAGCCAAGAUCCUGUCAUACAACAGGGCCAACAGAGCUGUGGCCAUCCUGUGUAACCAUCAGAGGGCCCCGCCCAAGACCUUUGAGAAGUCCAUGCAGAACCUCCAGACUAAAAUUGACGCAAAGAAGGACCAGCUGUCUGACGCAAAGAGGGAUGUGAAGAGCGCCAAGGCUGACCUCAAAGUACGGAGAGACGAGAAGUCCAAAAAAGCUGUGGAGACCAAGAAGAAGGCUGUGGAGAGGCUAGAAGAGCAGCUGAUGAAGCUAGAGGUGCAGGCGACGGACCGCGAGGAGAACAAGCAGAUUGCUCUGGGCACCUCCAAACUCAACUACUUGGAUCCACGCAUCUCUGUGGCCUGGUGUAAGAAAUGGGGUAUCCCUAUUGAGAAGAUCUACAACAAAACUCAGCGUGAAAAGUUUGCCUGGGCUAUCGACAUGGCAGAGGAUGACUAUGAAUUUUAAAUCCUGUUUGCAGUUUUAUAAUUGUGAUUUCUAUUGUAAUUUUAUUGGAUACUUGUUUUUAGCUUAACCGAUUAUACAGAAUGGCCAGCCUGACAAGGAAAUUCUAGAAUGAGUGUACACUCAACAAGCAUGGUGAGGUUGAAUGUCAGGGGUCAGGACGUAUAGGCCAUUACAGAUGAGCUGGAGGGAGGGGGGGACGAGGUGGGUUAGUCUCUGAGGUCUGGUCGGACGUCAGAUUCAAGGGCAGAACUAUACCCAUACCCAAAGGUGACGCGGUAAUCUCUAUGAUUGGAUGAGAACCAGUGGAUUACCUUUUUUGCCUUUUGGCUCUCUUCCUCUUCAGCCACAUGCACGACUUAAAGGUGUCUGAACUUUGAACUCUGGGGUCCUAUUGCUACUGUAUUCAACAAAAAAUGACUGCUUUGUGUAUUAGAUUUUUAUGAUUUUUUUGUUCACUUGGUCUGUAUUUUUAGCCCUCCCAUGUAUUAUUAAUGGAUUCUAUAUUUUAAUAGAGAGAACAGUUAAAUCAAAUGAAAUCCUGAAGUACACCCAUGCGCCUUUUGAGGAAAUGUGAUCUCUAGGUAUGAGUUGUAGGGGGGGAUAAAGACCAUGAAAGCUGUGUUUUGGUGAGUGUGAUGUUUUAAACUGGACUAUGUUGAUUGUGUACCAUGAAGAGGAUGCGCUGACACGGAAGGGGGAAAUGCUACACCCAUGUCAAUAUUUACAUAAGCAGGCAGGAUGUGAUUCAUUUGUUUUACAGUAUCUAUCAGGGACUGAUUUUCAAUGUAAAUGUGAACCAAUCAUUUAAUUUUUCUCCCCUUGCGUUGCCAGCAUCCUCUAGAUCUUUCUGCAUAGUCUAUCUGGUUUUAACUUUAUCAUUUCUAGUGAUUGUUUGAGUGGAAAACAACUCCCUUAUCUGUUACUUGAAGAAGAAAAAAAAAAUGCUAUUUUAAUUUAGUUAAUGGAAAAUAUUUUUUCCUUCCAGAAGGGUAUGUGAGGGAUAUCAACUUUGCCAAAAAAAUACAGAUCUGUUACAGUUUAGGCAGUUAUUUUUUUAAUUGUGUUAAAGACUGAGGAUGAAGAACAUUAACAGGAGUUUCAAUGUGAAUUUUAUUCCACUCUAGUGUCAGAGGAAAGUUGGUGUUUAUAGCAGUAAGCUCAACUUCCUUUUCCUGUUUUUCAACCUCUUCUGUCAUAGCCUCCAAUCAUGUUCUUGUUUUAUGCUCAUUGUAGGUUGAAAAUGAAUAAAACCCCUCAACUCCA